AUGAAUAAGCGUGAAACAACAGCACCGGAAACACAUUCGUUGAAGAAGUUGUACGAGGAGUUUGGCGGGAGCACGUCCAUGCAUGGCAUUAAUCGUGCACUUACCACCAACAGCUCCUGGAAACAGUUCGUGUGGUCAGUGCUGUUCCUGUGUGGGGUAGCAUUUGCAGCCUACCAAUUGGUGAUCACAAUUAAUGACUUCUAUACUUACCCAGUCACAACCGUGGUCACUCUGAAACAAGAAACUACAGCAAUCUUUCCAGCGGUCACAAUUUGUAACUUGAACAGAAAGAAGAAGUCGAUGAUCGAUCCCGCACUUUUAACAGCUUUUACUGCGUUGGCAGAGGAUUCUCAAAAUGAAGCUACUCUGAGCAGUUUUAUGCAGAGCGAUUACUUUGGCGUCGAAUCAGAGCAUCAGCUGUCGGACAUGCUAAUCAAGUGUUGGUUUAACAAAAGGCGUUGCUCCGAGGCCAACUUCUCACAGACCGGAACAGUAAACUACGGCAGAUGUAAUACCUUCCACAUCGAGAACAAUCUUCUUCAGAACGUUCUGAAACCCGGCCCAAGAAAUGGCUUGAUUCUGGAGCUUAACAUUGAGCAAUACGAAUAUCUGAAUACAACAUCUCUAGCUGGGCUGAAUAUCAUAAUACACCCACACGACGAUAACCCAUUUACUGAAGUUAGCGGGAUAUUAGCACCACCAGGUACCCUGACCAGGAUUGCAAUAAAACAGAAAAUAUACCAAGAUCUGCCAUUUCCGUACAGCAACUGUAUCAGUGCAAACGGACAAAGCAGCUCACAGCGUAGUUUCUACCCAGAUACAAAGUACAUACAAAAUGCAUGCAUGAGAUCGUGUUAUCACACGGCAUUGUAUGAAAAGUGUGAAUGCUGUGACGUAGACCAACCAUGUUACCAUUCUGACAUUUUGAAUAUGGAUAGGACAACAACAGCAACAAAUAACACUGAGCUACUGUGCGAGACUGUCGAGGAUUUCCUUUGCGAAAUUGAGGUCCAAAAUCUAUUCCUAAAACAUGAACUGGACUGCGAUGAACGCUGCCCUCCUGCAUGUGAUCGCACCACAUUUGACGUACUCUUGUCGACCGCACUAUGGCCUCCUGACUCCAAAAUUGAUACUUUCUUGGACACUGGGAAAAAUACUUCCUUACGAAACGUUUCUUUCACGUACAAUACUUCUUUAGAAACGUUUAUCCAUUCCAACUUUUUGAGGCUUGAAAUCUUUUUGGAUAGUUUGGAGUUCAAAGAAUUCACCACACAGGCUAAGUACGACUGGAACUUGCUGCUAGGAACUAUUGGUGGGCUUUUGGGGCUAGGAUUGGGGUUCUCUUUGUUAACUGCCAUGGAAAUAGUCGAGGUGCUGAUUGAGACGGUCUUGUAUUGCGCACGCAGAAAGUACCAGAAGAAAAGGAACAUCCAGACAUAA